UAUAUAAAAGAAGCUGCAACAAAUUUCAAUUCCAAUAUCACAAAUAUUUCAUUACAAAACCCCAACUCAAAACAUGGCUCUUCCAAGAACAACACAAAAUACUACAGCUAAAAAAACAAGUCCAAUAACAUUAUGUGCAAUAAUUUGCCUAGCAUUAAUCGUCCUAGUUGGGCUAGCCAUCCUGAUAACUUGGCUAGCCAUCAAGCCGAAGAAGAUUCAGUACUCUGUCGAUGAAGGGUGGAUUCGAGACUAUAACUUGAACAACAGUCAUCUAACAUCUACCUUCAACUUUGUCAUUAGGACUUAUAAUCCUAACAACAAGGCCUCAAUAUACUAUGACAAAAUGGAUGUCAAAGUGUAUUAUCGAGGCCAGACUGUAUCCUCUGAUGGUAUUCUCCCAUUUCAUCAGCCUAAAAAGAAUGUCACCAGAUUGAUGUAUCAGAAUACUAUUAAGGAUGUUAUGCUCUCGUCAGAUUCGGCUCAACAUCUUAAGUUAGAGAGGACUGGUGGACAGGUCGACUUGGACAUAAAGAUCAAGGCCAAGAUUAGGUUCAAGGUUGGAUUGUUGAAGACGCGACACUAUAAGUUGAAGGUUUUGUGUUCCCCUGUCGUGGUUAACUUCCCUAAUGAUAAGAGGUUUCAGAAGACAGACUGUGACGUUGACUACUGAUAAGUAAACUGAAACUGAUCAUUUUGAGGGUUUUUCUCUUGUUUUUUUUUUGGAUUAAUUGAUUGUAUUCUUCUCUAUUCAUUCUUACUCAUUAAGUUGGUGUGUUUUCCUUGUUUAUCCAACAUUUAUUCUUGUUUUUCUUUUGUUUAACUGAGAGAAACGGAUUGAGGUUUGUAUGGGGUGAUCGAAUUGAACAUCAUUUUUCUGUUGUGUAAAAACUUGUGUUUAAUCAAACUGCAUGUUUUAAAUGUUUGCCUGUUA